AUGCAAAGAGGAAGCAGCGAAGUUUAUGAAUGGGUGGUUGCCAAUGGUGCAAGGGAUUCACCUACUCGUGAUUGGACUUGGGUCUCGUCCUCAACCAGAGAGAGAGUCGGCCAUGGCUGCCAAGAUAUUGCCAUGUUCUUGAAAAUCUUCAGCAAGGACAGGCUGCAGAACAAGCCUGUGGUGAAGGGAAACUCGGUAAAUUUCAAAAGAUUUUCCUCUGGAAGUGCCAAUUUGGACAGCUGA